AUGAUUCCAUUUUUUUUAUUGAGUGAUGAAACAUUUGAAUUAUGUCGAACAGUACCUUGUAAUUCAACAAAUCGUUUUCGGUGUACAAAUGGUCGAUAUAUCUAUCGAUGCGAUAUAUGUGAUCACACAGAUAAUUGUGAUGAUGGUAGUGAUGAAGAUAUUUAUGAUGUAUACACAAUCAAAUCGACUAGAAUUGUUUGUCCACGUAAUACACGUUAUAAAUAUAAUAAAGAAUCAUUUACAUGUGAAGAUAUAAAUGAAUAUGAAAAUGUUACUUUAAAUUAUUGUUCACAAAUAUGUGUUAAUAAAAGAGGUAGUUUUCGAUGUGAAUGUGCAACUGGUUUUCAACGAAGUGCAGUUAAUAGAUCGGAUUGUUAUGCAGGAGAUCAAACAAUUGAUCUUAUGAUAUCUGAACCUGAUGAAAUUGGUCGUCUUUGUCGAAAUCCAAUAGAAAAUGCAUCACAUUAUGAUGUAUUUGUUGAAGAUCAGCAUGAUACUAGUUUUAUUUCUAUUGAUAUAAAUAAUCGUAUAUUCUAUUGGAUAGGUGAAGCUGCAUCAAAAAUUUAUCAUGCACAUCUUACACCAAAUACAAUAUCAACAGUACAUCUACAAGUACUUUUAAACGAAGAUAAUAAUCAUUUAAUAAUUCCAAGUAGUAUUACUAUUGAUUGGAUUAGUCAAAAUCUUUAUGUUUCUGGUCUUAUUCAUGGUUGUAUAUAG